UGAGUGCACACCAUCCUAGCGUGCGCGUUAGCAACGGCAACGGAGAAAAGUGUUGGCCGAAUGAAACGGCUACUGCGAUCCAGAUGACACACCAGUUUGCUUGCUGGGUGCAGCCGUAGGGGACAUUCCCGCACGCGUCCGUUUAGUCAUACGUUAAAAUAAGAGAACUCUUUAGCGGAAAGGCUUAUCUAAAAAUAAGCGUACGCAACACUACUGCGUGACGGUCAAAGAAGCAGUAGGAAGUAGCUUAGUCGAAUGAACGGGGAGAUUGGAGAAGGGGCUGGCGGUGGGGGUAGUGUUUCGGUCACUGCAGCCGCCACCACCAGCAGCAACGGCGAGGAUGAUUACGUGCCACCGGACCUGUCUGUGGCUGCUGGUGGCUCCCCGACGCCGUUGGGAUGUCCCUCGGAAUGGAUGGAGGGGAACCUGUUCGACACGACGAUUCCAUCGACCGUGGACAGCUUGCGCGACAUCUUCGACACGGCCAUACAGUCGAACGUGGACGCUGCGCCGGAAGUACCGGGGUCGAACGAUGGAGACAUCGAACCAUCGCUGUUUGCUAGCGGGAGCAAUUCGCUCGAUUAUGCACCGGCACCGUCCACCCCGAUGCGCGUUGCCCGUCCCAAUCGGGAGUUUUCCCACGCCGUGCCGGACAUCUUUGGCGACGAGUGUCUGUACAUGUGCGAUCGCAGCGAACGGGGUGAAGGAGGAGGAGGAGGAAGAGGAGGAACCGUAACGGGAACCGGAACAGAUGCAGCUAGAUCCGGUGGUGGUGCAGCAGGGUCGUACUACCCGCUGCGCAGUUCCAACCCGAACGUAUCGAUCGCAGCGCCAGCACCGCCCUCCCCGAUAAUGCCCAUCCCACCGGCCGCAGUAUUUCCUUCGUCGUCCGUGUCCAGCUCGUCCCGUACGCGGGUCCGCUACGACUAUUCGAAGCACAAUCACAGCGGAUUCGGCUCGAUGUACCGGCAGUUUCAUCCGGGUGAAUCCGGGGCCACCUCGUCGUCAUCGUCGUCGAACAGCAGCAGCACGUUCGGCACACAUGCGAGCCACGGAGGCCGCACCUUUGUCAAUGAUACCCCUGCGCCGACUCCAACGCAGCACCCGUAUCAGGUGCACUACCGGCAGCAGCAGGGUAGCAGCUACACACCGUCCACGGGGGCGUUCGGGUACGCUACCAACGAUUACGCCGACAUGCCACCCAGAUCCACCAGCAGCGAGGUAAGACGCGCUCGCAAACGGUUCCUCGACGAUGAUGCACAGCAGCAGCAGCACCAUCCACCGGCACUGAGCAGCAACUGCUGGAAUGGAUACAGCAAUGGGAGCUGUACGAGGGAGCGGCCGACUGAAGCAACGGUCCCGGUCCCGGCCCCACGCUCCGAUUCGUCCGGCUGUGUGGGGGUAAAAAUUGAACCAACAACCGUCCCGGAGGCGUGUACGUCAACGGGUGGUGGUGCAACGAUUAAAACGGAACCACCGACGGAAGUUCCUAACGGAGCGUUUGGUUGUCGGACACCACCCACACCGACCCGGGAUGAGCCACCGCUGCAAAUGUUGGACGCAGUCAAACUCGAACCCUAUGAAGUGGGCAUUAAUGGUGGUGGUGGUGGUGGUGGUGGAGUCGUUGACGGUCCGACCACCAAUGGAGGUGAUGAUGGCAUGCCGAGCGGACCCGGCAUCAGCGCUGAAUCGUCUCGCGUGUUUGGACGGGUUCAACAGCAACCCGAUUUGCUGGCGCUGUCCUCAAGUCGGCCUACGAUUAAACAGGAAACUGCCACUGAUUCUAAUGCUGCCAGCGGUAGUGGAGGUGGUGGCGAUGGUGGUGGGUGCUUUUGUCAGGAAUGUUCCCGCACGCCACAACGACCUGAUCGGGAGGAGCGAAACAGUCCACCGAUUAAGCGUGAGUGUUGCUCGUGCUCUCCUGCAUCAACACCGGCACCGGCAGCAGCAGCAAUGGCACCCGCUCCUCCUUCAGUUCUACCUCCUUCAUCUUCUGUCAUCCAAUCGACGGAAUCCGUUUCGUUACCGGACACGAAACAGAGCAUCGUGAAAUUGGAACCAUCGGAGGAGCUGCCGACACACCCCGCACCACCACCACAAGUUCCGUCCGAGUGUGCUAGUGAGAGUGCGCCUGCAGUUAAGCAGGAAGUGACGGCCACAACAACGGAAUGUUGUAACAGUAGUGGAGCCGCCGCCCCUGUGGAUGUAAAACCACCGCUGCCAAACGUUGAAAUCGAACCGGAGCAGGCGGAGGAUGCGAAGGUAACCCUGGACAACGACACAUUAGUUACCAUGGAUAGCGGUGCAGCCGAUGAUACUGCCGGGCCCUUCAACGCAGGACCCGUUGUGUCACAAUCGUUCAGUUUGGUGUGCGCCCCGGACGCACCGGAUGCUGGCGCCGGCAGUGGUACGUCACGAUUGCCAUCAACCAUGUCCACCGAACCGUCCAAAGCGGGACCGAGCGGAUUGAAUCGGCCCAGGCGUGGCGAAGCAGCUGCUGGUCCGCUGUUUGUGCCGAGUCGUCUAAACAGGCGAAGAAAUUGCAUUCCGUUCUACAGCGACGACGACGACGAUGACGACGAUGAUGAUGACGAUGAGGACGACGACGAUACGGACGACGAAGGUGGUAACGACGGCAGCGGCGUUGGAGAUAGUUAUGGAGCGUACAUCAAAACAGGCAUGGAGGAGGACGUUAUUCUCGUGGAGGAUGACGUUGGUGCGGUUGGCGAGAGCAAUACGGAGGGCGAUUUUGCGAUGGACCCGCUAGCAGUGGACAACACGCAAACGCAGGUUGCGUCGAGUUCGGUCUCCGUCGGGGCUGGAGGUCAAGCGGCGGAUGGAGCAACUCCGGCCGGCGAAUCGCAAGCGCCGGCAGGCAACGACGAGCAAACGAACCCGUCCGACGCCACCCGUCGACUGUUCGGUUCGGAGGCGCUGGAUCCCCAUCCCGAUCUGCAGCUCGAUUGGAUCACCGAUUCGAGCAGCAUCAGCAUUAGCGAUGACAACGAUGACGUCAUCAUGAUCGAGCGCAUGACCGAAGCGAGUGGCAAUAAAGCUCCGUACAGCAACACGGCGUCCGGUGUGGCCGGUACCGCUGCCGGUGGCGCAAGUGGGCAUGGUGGAGAUGGUGGCAGCAGCAGCAGCGGUGUGCUACGACGCCAGCGGCGCACCCGUAACCGCCACCCGUCCUCCCGGGCGGAACCAAUCGAUCUGACCAACGAUUCGGACGACGACGACGACACCGAUCUGGAGGUGGUGCGGUCCGCGCAGCACGCCGGCGGCAGUUCCGGCGUCCGUCCGAGCUGGGUGCAGGAACGCUCCGCCUGGUUGCGGCGGCUGCGCAUGGAACGCGGCAGUACCUCUGUGAUGCGCCGCUAUCUCAUUCACGCGCUCCAAUACAAGCGCAGCCGGCGUGAGUUAGCCGCACCGUCCGAUUUGCGCAGCUCGGGCACGGAUCACCGGUCACCGCGCCCUGCAGCGUCCUCCGCGCACAAGCUGCUCAACACGCACUUUGUACGUACCGGCACACCGCCGGUAAGCAGCUCCUCCCGCUCGCGCCACCUCAAUACACCACCGUCCGGUGCGCACAAUCCACGCUCGUCCGCCGGUGGUUCCGGUCGACAUGAGCGCCGGCUCGAUGGGGUUCCAUCGUCACUGGCGAGCGUACCGGACAGUCACAGCAGCUACUCGGCGGCGAGCGCGGCCAGACACGGGUACAUCCGUCGGUGGCAUUACCCGCGCCAGGAGGGUGCAGCACCGACGGACCUGGGGAUGCGCCACUGCGGCUGUGUCCGCUGCCCGAUGCUGGUCCGCUCGCUGAACGAUCCGCACUACCUGCAGCCACAUCCGAACGCUACGCAUCACCUCCCGACGGAGGAGUGCGUGCACUGUCAGCGCCCGCGGGGACCGGACCAUCAACUGCACGCGCUGCAAACGAUCACACCCUCGCCCAUUCUAUCUACCUCCUAUUCGCCUGCCUCCCGAGCCCAGCAACAGCAGCAGCAGCGCCAGAUGGACGGGACGGGCAACGUCGUGAGCGGUGGCAGCAGUGGUCUUGCCAUUGCACCGGAGGUGGUCGAUUUGGUGUCGAACGAGGAGGACAUCAUCGAGCAGCCGCCAUACGGGAGUGGAGGGCCGACGCACGGUACCGAUCUGCCUGCUGCCGGGGCGGCUGGGUCCAGCUCGGCCGGUUCCGUGAUUGACAACACAUCGCUCGGCAGCUUCGCCGGCGGCUACGGCCACGGCCGGCCGCUGAACGUGCACUACUCGCCGAACAGCAUGUGGCGCAACAGUGCCGGCGGACCGGCGAACCACCACCACCAUCACCACCACCAUGCCGGCUCGUCGCUGGUGAUGGUGCGAAGGCGCGACCACGCCCCAUCGUCCUUCCCGUCCCGCUCGGACAGUCCGAUCGACUAUUCCGGCUGUCAUCCGCUGGGGAGCUGCCACGACCUGGACGCACCGGACGACGACCACCACCACCACCAUCUGCCGUCGGAGCUGCUCGCCCCGACACCGCCGGUACUGCGCCGGACCAACGACCACAACAACAAUGCAGCUGCUGCCAGCACCGCUGUGCCCGGAGGAUCGAGAGCACCACCACCGCCUCCGCCUCCUCCACCACCACCACCACCACCACCAUCACUGCCGCCGCCCACGGUCCUACCACCACACGCGGUGGACGGGUUCAGGUCGGGUGGCUUCGCGCACUACCACCAUACGCUCACCGAAGGCACUGGCAGCAGCAGCAGCAGCAGCAGCAGCUGGGGCCCGUCCGCCUCGCUCGACGCACGCGUCCCCCUGCCCGCGAUGUCGUCCGUGUCACCGCCCCCGCUCAACCUGGCCCAAAGCCUCACCGCGCUCAGGCAGCGGGCGUCGCAGCUGCACCGCCGGCUCGAAACGGUCAUCCAGCGGCGCCACCCGUACGCGCCGCACGAGUCGCUCUGGCUGCGGCAGCAUCAGGCGGCGGAAGCGCAGCGCCGCAUGAUGUCCGUCGUGAAUGGGGCCGGCGGUGGGGGAGGCGAUGCCAUGAACGGCGGAACCGCGACACCGCCCCUUCAGCAUCGCUCCUCCCGGGUGGCCCCGAUGACGAGCUACAGCGCGCGGGGCGCACACUACGACGGGAUGUAUCCGCUGGUGGCGGCCGUCGUUGUGCCGGGAACCGCUGGAACUGCCGCGGGCAGCAGCAAUGCCCACUCCACCACUUCCUCUUCCUCGGAUCAGCAGCACCGGACACAUCAGCAAGAAGUUCCUCCGGCUAGCUGCCCCCGCCACAACAUUGUCCAUCAUCGGCAUUUCCACGGCGCUGGCUCGUCCGCCACCAGUACGGCCGGUGCCACACGGGGUCAACCACCGCCACCGCCUCCGUCAUCGAUCCCGCCGUCCGCAACGGAUAGCAGCGGCGCGGCAGGCGGCAGCGGUGGCGCCACCGGCAACGACGGCACCACCGACUACGUUCGCUUUCCGAUCUCCGUGCGCACCAACACGAUGUCACCGUACAAUCGGUACUACGCGAGCCUGCACAACACGCAUCCGCGCACGAACCCGGCCCCGUCGGCCGACCAGGGGCUGAAUCUGCGCGUGCAUCGUCCGCUGCGGCGUGUUGCCAGCGAUGCAAACUAUCUGUUCCGGCGAAACGAUCAUCAGCACGUGCACCAUCACAUGUACCAUCACAUACCGACGCAGGGCAACUUCCUCGGAAGCCAUUCGGAAAUCCAGUUCAGCAUUGGGUUCCGGCCCAGCUUGCUGUCCAGCUUGAAUCGGUUCGUGCGUGUCAUGGAAGACUCCUGCACCAGUCGGGGUGCCACGCAGGAAAUGAUCGAAACACACACGUUCCCGCACAAGUACAAACGGUUAAGGCGCGCCAGCGAGACGGACGAGGACAGCGAAAAGUGUACGAUCUGUCUGUCGCAGUUCGAAAUUGAUAAUGACGUUCGCCGCCUCCCUUGUAUGCACCUGUUCCACAAGGACUGUGUCGACCAGUGGCUGGUGACGAACAAGCACUGUCCGAUCUGUCGCGUCGACAUCGAGGUGAACUUCAACAAGGACUACAGCAUUUGACAGCCGCGCACCAGCAGCAGCAGCACGCCGGUGGAUGGGCCGCGGCAGUACCACUACACCGCCGCACUGCCCCUUGUCGUAGCCCAUCUGGACGAGACGACGCUCGACGGCGAGGGUGGCGAUGGUACUGGUACGGAAGAGCCACCCACAACAGCUGUCGGUGAAGAGGUUGAGGAGGAAGAGGAGGAGGGGGAGGGUGAAGAAGAAGAAGAAGAAGAACAGGAGGAUGAAGAAGAAGAGGAGGAAGAGGAAGAAGAAUCGUUAGCAAUGCCAACGAAUGCGGAUUGCUUUCUGCACUAGCUUCCUGCUGCAAGGCGCUUCUCCUAGCCUCAAUGGCCCGUCUUCCCACAUCACUCCGGAAACGGUAUCCAACCUUAUACCUUAUUGGUGUAGGUAUAAGUAGGUGAUGCGUAAUCCUAGCGGGAAUCGGAAGCAACAAUCAGGCAAUAUCGUUAUAAUUUAGUUUCACGUGUAAAGCAACGUAAAAUAUUACCAGCCUCUAGUGUGAUAAGUCAUUGCUCAUAAGGUGGAAAGAAGGGGAGUGGAAAUACGUUUUCAAACUACUAAAAACGUGCCCUGGUUAGUAUGCGCACGUUCGAAAUCGAUCUCCAUCGCAACGGUGUUGGAUGAUACGACGCCGUAUAUGUGUUCGAUUAGGUUUCGUUUUGUCUUGUCGUGAAAGCGCGCUGCCUUCAAAAGGGCAAAGUUUGGGUGUGCUAACACCGUCGAUACGCAAGUAAGAGAUAUUGUCAAACAAGGGGGCAGGAGCGAGUUAAUGAGUAACUGAAGAACGAAAGCGUCUUUAGGUGUUUUGUGUUGGCAAAAUGUCGAAAUGGGUUGUGUACAGGAGUUCAUUUCUUUUCAAAAGAUGCGGUUUAGUUUCGAACUUACUAUGCACGGUUUCGAUUAACGUGUGGUAUAUAUGUUGAGGUAAAACAAAAACACAUAUUUCUAAAGCAAACGCAAGCAAAGAUCGAAUGAUCGGCAAUGAGUAAUUAGUGUGGGAGGGGAGGGGCAGACAAAAAAAACAACACUAAUACAAUAACACUAAGCCAACAGCAACCUUCCUUGGACUGUGAAACAACAAGAUAUGAUACAAUAAACAGUAGUAAUUAUUACGUGUUUUGCUCAAAAGCAA